ACACUUACAUUGUUCUUGACGAUGCACCAAAGCAGACAUGGAAAUUAAGAAUUUUCCACUCGUAAUUUGUAUCAUUGCUGCAGUAGCGGCAACAAGCUGCACUGCUGCAACGAAUGGCACCACCGUCGCUGUCCCGUUUCUGUCUCCAGAAAAUCGCAUUUAUGGUGGCCAAGACGCUGCUGAAGGACAAUUUCCUUACCAAGUGUUGGUGACACGCAAUGGUGAUGGCUAUAUCGUCGUUUGCGGUGGCGCGAUCAUCUCAAGAAAUUAUGUUGUGACAGCAGCUCACUGUGUGAGCGGAGGUUAUUCCGCAUCGAACUUCUCGGUACGUGCCGGCACUGUGACGUUCAACUCAGGCGGUGUGGUGUCACCAGUCGCUGAGGUGAAAAUACAUCCUGAAUAUAGUUCAUUCAACUACGAUAUAGCUUUGCUGAGACUCAAUCAAUCGCUUGAUUUCACCGAUGACAUAAAACCAAUACUACUUGCCAGCGUCGAAGUACCCGAAAACUCGUCAGUCAUAAUAACAGGGUGGGGUGGUGUGUCGAGUGGCGGUCUGGCCUCAACGUUACAGUAUAAUACAGAGAUUGCGCUAAAUCAUGAUACGUGCAUCGAACGUAUGACCACACUGGCGGACUCAAUGAGAUGUCUUGGCAAGAGUGUUGGUAAUGGCAUUUGUGGUGGCGAUUCUGGUGGUCCGGCGGCUUACAAUGGAGUGCUUAUAGGUGUGGCAUGUUUUAGUGUUAAUGGUUGUGGAAGCAGUAUACCAGAUGGUUUUACCAAUGUUGUUUAUACACGAGACUGGAUACGGGCGAAUUCUGACGUCGAUUGUACUUGUGCUUCUUGAACAAAAAGCAAACAUUUUUCCUGUUAGAAAUUAGAAUAAUAAAAUUUCACUCAAUCAACUUCGGUUUGUGUAUCCGCAGCUGAAAAGGAGUUAAAAUUGCUACCUUCACUCAAUUAUAAAAGGGUGCACAAAUGAAUAUUCCAAUUUUCUUUCUGAGUACUGUUUUUGAUAAAUAAAAAUAAUUGUAAUUGUGUAAA